GCCAACGCUCCCGACCUCGCCGAGGCACCAAGGCCGAAGACACCGACCCUCCACCAGUGAGGCGGGCGCCAGCAUCGUCCGCGGUGUGACAAUGGUGACACAGGACUGCGGCGAGUCCCGGCGCGCCUCGCUGCCGGCGCCCGGUUCGUGCCACGGGCCGUCCCCGUCACCGGUCGGAGCCGUGCCGGAGCACGAACGGCCGGCCGGCGAUGGCCUGCUUCCGCACCACCUGCGGCUGGACUUGUGGCAGGAGAAGCCAGAGGGACAGGAGGAGGCCGAGGGACAGGAGGAGCCUAUGGGGCAGGAGUCCGAGAAGCACGAAGAACCCGAAGGGCAGGAGGAGGCCGAGGGACAGGAGGCGUCCAUAGAGCAGGAGGAGGCCGAGGGACAAGAGGAGCUCAAAGGACAGGAGGAGCCCGAGGAGCAGGUGGAGUCCGAAGAGCACGACGAGGCCGAGGGACAGGAGGAGUCCGAGGAGCAGGAGAAGCGCGAAGGGCAGGAGAUGCCCGAUGGCCAAGAAGAGUCAAAGGGGCUGGAGGACCCGGUGGUGGUGGACGGCGGGCACGGCUGGCUGGUAGUGCUCGGCGCCUUCCUGACAAACAUGUGCAUCGUGGGCACAGUCAAGUCGUUCGGACUCAUAAACCUACGGAUAAUAGAGAUGUUCAACGUCAGUGCCUCCGAGACGGCGGUGGUCACAGGAAUGUUACUCACCACCAGCCUGAUGAUUUCACCGCUGGUCGGGGCCCUCUGCCAGAGGUUCACCUGCCGGCAAUGCGCCACGUUCGGUGGCCUCCUUUGCUUCGUCGGCUUCUGCCUCAGCUCGCUGGCCACCAGCAUCCUCCAGCUCUGCUUCACCAUCGGCCUGCUUGUGGGCAUCGGCUGCGGCUUCAUCACCACUCCCAGCAUCCUGAUCGCCACGCACUACUUCCCGACGCGACGUUCACUGGUGAACGGGCUCGUGAUGGCCGGCAACUCCGCGGGCAGCUUCGUCAUGCCGCCGCUGCUGCAGCUCCUGCUGGAGCAGUUCGGCCUGCGCGGCACGCUGCUGGUGAUCGGCGCCAUUUGCCUGCACGCGGUGGCCGGCGCCGCCCUGUACCGGCCGAUCGCGCAGCAGGAGCGCCUCCUGCGCAACCCGCUCUUCAUGCUGGUGGCGCUGUCGGUCUUCCUCAUGGCGGCCGGCUCGCCGUACGCGGUGCUGCAGCUGCCCGUGUUCGGCGUGACGCGCGGCCUCACGCCCCGCGAGACAGCAGAAAUCCUCAGCAUCGUGUCGGCCGUCGACCUGGCCAGCAGGCUUGGCUUUGGCUGGCUUCUCGACAAGGGCUUUGUGCGACGCCAGUACGCGCUAGCCGCGAGCCAGCUGCUGGCCGGCGGGGCGGUGCUGGUGCUGCCGUUCUGCCGCGGCUACGGCUCCAUCCUCGCCAUGUUCCUGGUGUGCACCAUCGGCAUGGGUGCGUGGUUCAUCAACACGGCCCCGGUGAUGGCCGACCACCACGGUAUCGAGAAGAUCGCCGUCUCCUUCGGCCUCCUUAAGAUGUUUCACGGGCUGUCGACGCUUGUCAUGCCACCCAUAUUCGGAGCGAUCGCGGACGGCACGGGCGACUACGGCGCCCAGUACUUCGCCAUUGGGGCCUGCAUGGCGUCCGGCGGCCUGGUGGUGCUGCUGAUCAUGGUCACCGGUGUCGUGGACCGGUACGGGCAGCCCGACGGAGCGGACACCGGCCGGCCACAGUCCAAACAGCCGACCGCCAAGCGGGUACAGUCGGAGCAGGGAAUACAGGCUGAAGUGACGGAGGGAAAACGGACACAACUGGAGGAAGAGAAGCUGACCAGGCUGGCAUAGGCGAACUGUACAAGCUGCAAUCCGACAAACUUGCAGAACUUGAAACAGAGUAGGGCCUGUGCGCACCACAGCAGCCAGUUAUCUGUGAGAGACAAUAGGCAAGUGAAUUAUCUCAGCUUAGGGAACCGAAGACGGUAGGCCAGUACUGUCUGCGGAGGUCAGAUUACUUCGUCGUUUGCGGGCCUGCACUCUAUGAGAGCGUUUGGAGGCCCGGACACAAGCGUGCGUAAGCUGUACCUGUGUGCUCUAGCUGUUGUCAGGACGGACGGGUCGGUCAGAAUCAGGUCCCCCGGCUACGGGGGACCCCGGCGCGUGAUACGCAGGCCUCUAGUCGAGCUGCUUUUGUGUGCUGAUGUUGAACAGCUGGCGGGACUCAGGGUCAGGCUGUGUCAUAAAUAGCUAUUUUCACUGAGCUUUAUGAAAUAAAAAUACUGUGCAUUG